CACUCAAUACAUAAACUUUGUUGAUGUUAUUCGCCGUAAAAAGCCUCACGGUGAUGCAACACACCAACAAUCAUUUUCAAUAAACAAAGGACAACAAUCCAAUAAAAGUCACACAAAUCCUCAAUCAAUUCCUCUUCUUAAUCAACAUGAAGUUGCUGUCAAUAAAUUUUUUGAAAAUUUGGAUGAUAUAACAGCAAAAACUAAAAAAUUUGGAAAAAAACUUGUGGAUAUUAAAAAAUAUAUGGGAAAGAAUAAAUCGCUUAAAAAUGAAUUAUACCAAAAUAAUUUUGCCGACAUACUCGAGGAAAAGAUGAAAUUUCUUUUACAAAAUUGGGAGAAGAUUUUUGAGAAUAUUUUGGGAGAUAAAGAAGAUGUUAAAGAAAUUAAAAAUAUUUUUAAGAAUUCUGGACAUCAAUUUGUUGGGUAUUGUCUUUCCCAACGAUUUCUUGAGGCAUUUAAUGAAGAUGGAGGUGUUAACAUUAAAGCAUUCAUAGACAACCAAUUACUACAAAAAUAUGCUCAAAAACUUGCUAAAAUUGUUAAAAAUAAUACUUUGGAUAUAAAUUUUUAUAAAUCAACAAAAGAAGUUAUCAAGAACUAUCUUUAUGAAAAAUGCAAGAACAAUUUACCAAAUGUUUCAAAAGACUGUCACUCAUUCAUUGAAAGUAUAUUUCAAAACUGGAAAGGGUAUUGUUCGAUUGAUACUGACAAUUUGGAAUUUGAAAAUUUUGAAGAAAUUGUUUUAAAAAAUGAAAAUUAA